UAGCUCUGGCUUCUUCCUUCUUCCCACAACGGAGGCUACAUUGGCAACCGCCCUUGUUCUGCACUGAUUAGCAAAUCUCCACUGCUUUGGCAUCAUGGAGGCCUUUCAUGAGCUCUUCUUCACCGUUCCAGCACUGUACAUCUGGUCGGUGGCAGCGGGCGCUCUUGUGUUGUGGAUGCUAUCUAGCUUGUGUACAAAACGGCAGCAGGGUCAGGGUGCGCCCAUUGCAACAAUUAAAGCAGAGCCGCUUGACAGGCGACGAAAGUACACAAAAGACGAGGUCGCAAAGCACGUAGAUCGAGGCGACUGCUGGAUCAUAGUCGAUGACAAGGUAUACGACGUGACGCCUUAUGUGGAAGAACACCCUGGGGGGGAUGCCAUUCUGCGGAACGCGGGUGGAGAUGCUAGCGAAGGCUUUCAUGGGCCCCAACACCCACAACGUGUUUACGACAUCAUUGACGACUUUCAAAUAGGAGAACUGCUUCCAGCCAAGUGAAAUUUGGUCUUGGCUUUUUGAGCGAAUUAUUCAGGCGUGUUUGAAUAUUAUCGUAUAAACGACAGCCGCCAUGAAUCAGGGGACGCAUAUCCUACAACGAAGUUCGCUUGAAUGUUCAGUCAGAGCGUUGCUUCCUUCCUCCGAAAUGGCUUUGCAACUUUUGCUUAGGGGCCGCUACUUUCUCCCCGCCGGAAUGGGAACCAACCAUGUUCCAACAUAUCCCUCUGUUUGGGCCGCUCUUGUGCCUUUCUCUUCAGGCAGAGCUGACGAAA